ACCCGAGGGUUCUGCAUAUGGCACCGUUCAAGCACUGUCUAGUGCACUGUCCGAUCCUCAUCUCCCAAUCGCCCGUCGGAACGGAAGUCCGCGCCGGCACCGGCCGCCAGCCCGUCCGCUUGCGAGCUUCUCGCUUUGUGUCACCAAAGGGAACAGAAUCGGAAAGCUACAACAACACAAAUCAUCUCCUUUUACGACCGUGGCGACAAAUCUUGAGAAAGUCAAGAUAUCAGCCCUCAGCACAUGACAGACGACGGGUGCGAGCAGUUUCCUAUCCGAGUCUUUUAGUAACACUGCCGCCGGGCACAAUUCUGCCUGGAGGAAGCAAGGACCGUGAGGGGGAAGGAAAGGAGGAGGAGCCAUGGCGACGACGACGACAGGAGACGACGUGCUGGACUUUCGGGCGAUGCCCAAAAUCGAGCUCCACGCUCAUCUCACUGGUAGCAUUACGCGGCGGUGCCUGCACGAGAUAUGGCGCGACAAGAGGGCUAAGGGAGAGGCAGAGGACCUGGAGGAUCCGCUGGUGGUUAUGCCUGAAGGGAGGCACGAUCAUGAUCUGACGAGCUUCUUCCCUCUCUUCUCAUCCUACAUAUACCGCCUGAUCAACGACUUGCCGUCCCUGCGGCGCUCGACUAAACAGGUCGUCCACGACUUCGCCGCCGACGGCGUCGUGUACCUCGAGCUGCGGACCACCCCGCGCGGCAUACCCGCCGCGGGGCUGGACAAGGCGGGCUAUGUGCGCGCGGUGCUGGAGGCGAUUGCCGAGGCGGAGAGCGAGGGUGCCGCUGCUGCUUCUGCCGGCGGAGAUGGAGGAGGAGGGGAGGGAGGAGCCACCACCACCACCACCACCACCAGAGGCAGUGGAAUUCGAGUCAGGCUGAUUUUGUCCGUCGACCGGCGGAACUCUGUCGACGAGGCGUGGGAGGUGCUGAACCUGGCGAGGACGUUCAUGGCAGGAGGAGAAGGAGCAGGUGGUGAAAAAGCAGGUGGUGUCGUAGGUCUCGAUCUCUGCGGCGACACGGCCGCGCGGUGCGGGCAGAUCGCCAUGUUCACCCCCGUCAUGCACGCGGCCCGCGAGGCCGGGCUGCAGCUCACCAUCCACUUUGCCGAGGCGGCGAGCACGGGCACCGACGAGGAGCUGCAGACCAUCCUGGACUGGCGGCCCUCGAGGCUGGGCCACGUCAUCCACGUGCCGGACCGGAUCAAGGAGCAGCUAAUCGCGUAUGGCAGAGGUGGCGGCGAGGGCGAGGGCGAGGGCGAGGGCGGCCGACGGGGCCAGCCUAUCGGUCUGGAGCUUUGCCUCAGCUCGAACGUCCAGCUCAAGAUGAUUGUCGGCAGCUUUGACGUGCAUCACUUUGGGGAGUGGUGGAGGGUCCAGAAUGGCCCGGUCAUUAUGCCAUGCACCGACGAUGUGGGCGUCUUUGAAAGUCCCCUCUCCAACGAGUGGCGUCUUGUCCAGCAGUACUUUGAACUCACCCGGGAUGACAUUACCCUCCUUGGGCGCAAGACCAUCGACGUCAUCUUUGGCGGAGAGGCGGACAAGGAGCGGCUGAGAGAGAUCAUGUGGUGACCGGUUUUGCGUCUGUGUUUUCGUUCAGGUGCAUUAACGAGGCAUUCGGAUACCCAUUGCACCUCCCAAGGACAUUUGUAGUAGGGGUAGCAAGGUGGAUGAGCAAUAGGAAUAGACAUAGACCACUCACACGAAUUACUGGCCGUCCGCCUUUGGAUGGGAAUGAGUAUGAUUAUCGACGGCA